CAGACAUCAAGAGACAGACUCAAGUUUGCUACGAGCUGAACCAGUUGACGGACGAAAGUACACAGAUCAAGAAUGCGUGUCUGUACAGUUCUGGAAAAGCAGGGUGGCUCUGUGGUGGGCGCUGAGCUGAGCUGCAGCGUCCGGGAGGACAAUGUUUCACAGAGGGAGAGCUACACCGCUGACUGGCACAGCGUCAACAUGAAAACACAGCAUGAGGACCGCCAGUCCAUGCUAAUGUCCGACAGUUCCCGGCACGAGACGCUUUCCCGUUACUGGCGCGCCCGUCCCCUUUCCCAGCAGUGCCCCUCAGGCGUCCUGCGCGUAGGCACCGUGGAAUCGGGAAUCGGAGAGCACCAGCUGCUGCCCCACCGAAACACGCUCCCCCUGCCCAUCUUCAAGCCUGCCGAGCUGGGUACGAGGCUCGGACGUGGUGCCCCCCACGGCCUGGAAGACGUAUCCCGUCCCCAAGUGUCUGAUGGGGUAUGCCUGGGCAAGAGAGACGUCCUGGAGAUCACGCGAGACCUGCCUCCCGUCAAACCCAUUCGCAUGGAGUUCACCAAAGCACCCAGAACCCUGGGCAGAUCCAUGUCUCAGGAGGCCCAGAGAGGAUAAAGAGAGAGAAAGGAGGGCAGCUAAAGAUUGUGAGGAUUUUGAACUGUGAAAGUGAUAAAGUGAUAAGAAAAAGGGACUGAACGUGCAAAUGUAGCUAAACAAUGUAACUGUAAAUGUGCUACACCCUUCCUUAUCCUGCUAAUAUUUGACGCAGAUGAAUAUGUACAUAUUUUUUUGUCUAGAUCUUUAUUUUUGUAUUGAGGCUUUAUAUAGUACAGCAUUAUUUUGAUUGGUUGGCGUAUCAGGCAUGUUUCCUUGCUAAAAAGGACAUUUUGGCAAGAGAAAGAGAAAAGAAUGAGAGAUCAUGAGAGACACAGAGAGAUUCUGGUUCAUUUUCUAUUAUUUAUCCUAUAGUAAUAGACCUUGUGUCACAAUGUAUGGGCAAAAUGUUAAAUGCACUACGUAUUACUAGUUAAAUCAUCAGUUGUCUUUAUCUAAUAUGGUUAAUGUACCACUAAUCAAUAAACAAUUAAUCGAA